CCCAAGGGUGACCCACGCCCUUUAAAUGACAAACGACCAAAGCCGUUCGGGUCGCGCUAUUGUUCAUCUUUAACGCACGUGAAGUGUUUUUUUUAUUUUUUUUAUUUUUUUGCUGUUUUCCGCACCACUUUCGUGCAGUUGAGCGAUUGGUGUUUUCGGUAAAUCUAGUCUGUGCAUGAUAGCCGUCUUUUGCGCGACAAUAACUGUGUUGCCUCGUCUGCGUUUCAUUGAGAUUUGUUUGUAUUUGUUGUUCAUUUCCACAACCUGAAAAAAAUAAAGUUGUUCGUUUCUGAGCGGGGACACACCGCCAUUGCUACCGUAUAACAAGAAACGAAAACAAAAAAAAAUCCCGCUCCAUCGUCUACCAAAAUAUCGACAAAUCAACGGGAAAUGUCAGCGAGCAGGCCGAUCCCGGGGGGCUCCUCCAAGAAUCCGGGCAGCUCGAGUCACGACUUUCCGGCCUCAUUCGUCGCCUCGUUUCGAUCUUCGUCGCCAAUCGCUCAGGAGGUCAUCGCGAGGGAUCUUGCGGCCUGUUCGGACGAUGAGGACUUUGAUCCCGAAGCCGAUGGCCCUGGCCUGGGUGCUUCCGAUUCGGUAGUUGACGGUGACAACCCAUUGAUGUACCGACGGCCGAGCGGCAUAGCCUUCGGCACUGCGCGGCCCGUACUGGCAGCGCAGAAUGUUGAGGAUUCCAUCCUUACCAGGGAAGAGUGGAAGCAGUCCCUGGAUGCGGAAAGGAGCCUUCUUAGAGACAACCAUAUCCUCCCGCCAAAACAUGCUCAUCCUGAACAGCUCGGUUUGCUAGGACGGCUGCGAAAGCGUUUCUUCAGCACCAAGGUGCCGAGGCCCAGUGGGUCCGACGAAGAGGCGGGACCUGACCUGGAUGGCAUCCCCACUGAGGAAUCACCGCUCCUUGCGGGUGAUGGUAACGAUGCACCUCGGCGUCACUCCUCGUCUGCCGCCGCCGCCGAGACUGGCCAUCUCAGUGAGACGUGGGAGGCAGCUGUUGCAGCUGGUCACAUCAAGACGACAUGGCAGCGGGAGGCCAAGACAUUGGCAGUGUAUUCCCGCUCUCUUGUCGUCACAUUUCUCCUGCAAUAUUCCGUCAACAUAACCAGUAUCUUGGCUGUAGGGAGGAUUGGCAAGGUAGAGCUUGGGGCCGUCAGCUUGGCCACCAUGAGUGCAAACAUUCUGUGCUAUGCUCCAAUUCAGGGGUUGGCAACCUCACUAGAUACGUUGUGUGCGCAGGCUUAUGGUUCCGGCCAUAAGCACCUGGUAGGGCUGCAGCUCCAGCGUAUGACAGCGUUUUUGCUUUUGCUCCUGUUCCCAAUUGGAGUCUUGUGGUUGCACGCCGCCGAACUUCUGGUCAAGUUCGGAAUAGCUCGGCCGAGUGCCGAGCUGGCCGGGCUGUACCUUCGCAUCUGCAUUUUUAGCAUGCCCGCGUAUGCCAUCUUUGAAGCCUCGAAGCGUUUCGUUCAAGCGCAGGGUCUUUUCCAUGCGACUACCUAUUGUCUAAUGAUUUCCGCGCCGCUCAAUGUGCUUAUCAACUGGCUCUUGGUGUGGAAGCUGGGGUGGGGUUUCGUUGGUGCUCCCGUGUCCGUCGUGAUCACGCAGAAUCUUCAGCCUAUCCUGCUGUUUCUUUACGUUCGCUUCGUGGACGGAUAUCAAUGCUGGGGUGGCUUUUCGAAGCGGGCGUUCUCGAAUUGGGGCCCGAUGAUUCGCCUUGCUAUCCCUGGAAUGAUUAUGGUGGAGGCGGAAUGGCUUGCCUUUGAGAUUCUGACACUUACAUCAGGCCGCUUUGGCACAUCCCAGCUGGCUGCGCAGAGUGUCAUUGUAACACUUGCCGCCACUACGUACCAGAUUCCUUUCCCUCUUUCUGUUGCAGUUUCGACCCGCGUUGCCAACUUGAUCGGUGCGAAGCUUGCCGAUGCGGCAAAGACUUCAGCCAAAGUUGCAAUCGUUGCUGGUAUCAUUAUCGGUCUCUUCAACACGACAGUUCUAUCCGUGUUUCGAUGGAAGCUGCCACUUCUGUUUACGAAAGACCCCGAGGUUAUUGAGAUAGUUGCGCGCACAAUGCCCAUUCUUGUAGUGCUACAGUUCUUCGACGCUGUAUGCGCAAUCUCCCAAGGUCUACUUCGAGGUCUGGGCCAGCAGGAGUUUGCUGGUUACUCAAACAUCAUCUCGUACUACGCCAUCGCCCUGCCCAUAUCUUUUGCGACCGCCCUCGGACUUGGGUGGGAGCUCAAGGGCUUGUGGUUUGGUGUGACGAUUGGCCUUGCAGUUGUCAUGGUUGUUGAGUAUUCUUAUCUUCGCUGGUACGAUUGGAACCGUGCUGUGCGUGAUGCAGAGAAUCGGAAUGCUUCGAACUAGAAAUACACACCACGGUUUGUCUUUAUUGUCAGAGUAUGAGCCCGGCUUGCUUGGUUAUGCUUGAUAACUUGAUGACUUGAUUCAAAGAUUUGAGAUUUAGUUGUUAUCUGCUAGAAGAUCUAUUGCGUGCUAAUUUGUUUGAAUCACAUGGCAAUUCUUGGGUUUUACUGCCUAACUGCGUAUAGCGAGCAUAUGUAAUGAUAGAAUUCAGAAUUGCUGAUUGCUGGAGAGCCGCCAAAUCAAUUCAAAGAAUAGGU